UACAGGCUAAGAAAUCAAAUGGAUAAGCAAUCGUUUAUUGGGCCCCCCGCUUACAUGAAGUUGGUUUCUGUAAAUACUCGCACCAGGGAAGGCAGGCUUUCUAGGGAGAGAGGAUGAUGAGGGGUGUGUGUGUGGGAGUGACGACUCGUCCUGCCCUAGCGGCACUGCGUUCCCCAUUCAUCCUUCGCAGAAAGGCCACCGCUCUGCAACCCACUUGUUCUUCUUCUGAUCAUAUAUCAUUCAUCAGUCAUGUUGCUGCAGCUCAACCUCCCCAAAAUUUGCAUACCUUGAUAAAAAUACUGCAAGGAAGAGGUGAAACAAUUGUCUCUCCAUGUGCCAGACAAGGACUGAUCUCACUUGCAAUCCCUUUAUCAAGGAAUCACUCAGGUACAUUGGUUGCGCUAUUGAGAUGGCCCACCCCUCCAGCAGGAAUGGAGAUGCCAGUUGUGGAAGUCCACCAGCAUGGGGUGUGGCUUUUAGCAAAGAGUGUGGAUCAAUACAUCCACCGAAUCCUGGUUGAAGAAGAUGCCUGCCAUUCCGCAAACAUUGAUGGGAAGCCAUAUUCUGUCUUGAAUGAUUCUGCCAAUAACAUUUAUAAGAGGGGGGACUUUGCUAUGUCUCGGAUCAGUAAUUUGGAUAUCUACCUUUUGAAAAUGGUUGGUUUGUUUCCUGAUGUAAUGGAGCGGAAAGCACUGGGUCAUUUGGAAAAAGGUGACCAGGUUUCCGCACUGGUGAGUGGGGAAUUCUAUGCCAAGAAGGAGCACUUUCCAGGAUUUGGACGGCCAUUUGUGUUUAAUGCAGAGGUUCUGCUGAAAGUAGGGCGUAACUUGGAAGCUAAGGAUGCUGCUAGAGUGGCUCUUAAAUCCCCAUGGUGGACCCUAGGCUGCAAAUAUGAGCAUGUUGCUGAGAUUGCACAAUGGGAAGAUGAGCAGAUUGAGUACAUAAGAGAGAGAGUUACUGAGGAGGGAAGGCGCGAGGAUCUGAAGAAGGGGAAGGCACCUGCCCAGGUGGCUUUAGACCAAGCCGCAUUUUUGAUGGAUCUUGCUUCUGUAGAUGGUACAUGGCUUGAGAUUGAAGAUCAAGUUGCUGACUGUUAUGAGGAGGCUGGACUCCCUGAAAUAGCUAGAUUUAUACUGCAUAAGGGUUGACUUGUGAUGGGAGUCUUUCUUAUCCUAAAGGUCAUCAUAUAAUCUUCCCAAUGAUUAUGAAUUUCAGCCCUUUUUUUUCUUGAACAUUAUUGAAGUUCGAGAAUUUGGGAAAAUGUCUUUGAAAGAGUGUGCAUCUUGCAGAAGUAUAAAAGGUUAAAUUGUGCAAAAACCCCAUUAAUGCAUAGUUGAGUCCGAAUAGAAAGUAUUUGGAUGAAGUUGAUGAGAAAUCACAUGCAAAGGGCGAUAUGAAACACUUUUGGUUGAGUUUCCCUUUUUUUCAUCAAUGAUUCAUCUAGCAACCUGAAGUUUGUUUUA